GCAGCUCUCAAGUCGAGGCAGACAUUUUUCAAUGCAAGAUUUUUCCUUGCAUAAAUUAUGUUCAUGACGUAGUGCAAAAGGCCAAUUUUGUGGCAAUUUUGCACGACUUUUCAGCUCAAACAGGACAUGGUGACACACCUUGAGGAUUUUUCACUGCCUGAACUGUGUCAGAAAGGGCAUCGUCAUUAAAUAUUAAGAGAGAGGAGAUCCUAACAUUGCAACCCUCCUUAUCAAUGCAAAUACCUCUUUUGUGUGCAGUCACAGCGCCUGUCUGGGAGCUGAGAUGAAUUUUUAAUUAUGUGUGACUGAAACAAACUGUGACAAGGACCUGUUUAAGAGCGGGGGCUUGCAGAAAAUAAGCUGCAUUUACGCGAAUGCCUGGAAAACAGUGACUGUGGUGGUGCAGCGAGCCAUGAACUCUGAGGAUCUCCCUGCCAAAGAUGCCCCACUCACUGUCAACGAGCAGCCAUUCACUGUCUGACUGCAGAAGUCUUUUUUCAGCCAUUUAAAUCCUGCACUUUGAAAUUCCCUGCCAAAGACAACCAGGUCAUUGUGAUGUCUGGCCAUGAGACCAUUCGUGUGCUAGAGGUAGAGGUUGAUGCGUCUCUGCCAUCGUCAUUACCUGAUGGGAAGGCAGCAGUAAAAGCCGACGAGGGAUCGGCUCGAAACACAGACCAACCCGAAGCCAGUAGUACCCAGGAUGGCCCGACUGUGCCCCAGAACACCGGGGGAUCAGUGCUGGGUGAACAGCAGGUGGUGUCUGUGGAGGCUCCAGCACCUGCUGUCCAAACGUUGACUCCUGCUGUUCCCAUCAGUGUGUCCCUUCCACAACCCCAGGCCACCAUGCCCAUCAGUGUACAAGGCUGCCCACAGGUUCUGACCCAGGAAAGUCUGGCCACUCUGAUGACUGGUAUGAUGGCCCAGGCAGGGUCUCUGGGGCAGCCCCUACUCAUCCCACUCAGCAUGGCGGGUUCGAUCGGUGGACAGGGCAGCCUGGCCGUUCUCACCUUCCCCACUACCAAUGUAGCUUCUCUCUCUGGGCUGGCAGCAGCUAACACGGCCGGGAAUCUUCUCAAGUUACCCUUUGCUGGCCUCCAAGCGGCAGCGGUCCUGAACUCAGUCCAACCACAGCUUCAGGCCAAUGCACAGACUGUGUUCCAGCCCCAGGCGGCUGCUAUGCAACCUGUGCAGGCCGCUGUCCAGCAACCAACACAGGUGUCCAGUGCCCAGGUUACUGCUGCUGCUCAGGUGGCAGCGGCCCAGGCCACCUCUGCCACCACCACAGUCACUCAGUCAAACAUCCCUGUGGCUGCACUGCAGACUGCAGGACUCUCCAUCAAUCCUGCCAUUAUUAAUGCUGCUUCCCUGGGGGCUCAGCCACAGUUCCUCAGCUCACUCACUUCCACUCCCAUCAUCACCAGUGCCAUGUCCAACAUGGCUGGCCUCACCAGCCAGAUUAUUACAAAUGCCCAAGGACAGGUCAUAGGGACUCUCCCUCUGUUGGUAAAUCCGGCCUCUUUGGCUGGAGGGGCUGCGACACCUACUCUCCCCCUUCAGGGUCUUCAGGUACAGACUGUCACCCCACAGCUUCUUCUCAACAACCAGGGCCAAAUUAUCGCUACAGUGGGUAAUGGAUCUGCUGCAGUUGUAACCUCCGCUGCAGUUAUGCCCAAAGCUACAGCUCCUCCAACUCUUUCCAAAGCUACCACACAGGCUUCAACAACUGUAACUCAGUCACCAGUUGUCAUUGCUCCGCAGCCAUCUGCGCUGAAGACCGCCACCACACUGUCCUCGACAGCACCCAUCACCUGUGGAGACAUAGCAAAAGUGGGCCAGCUUGUCAGCAAACCGCAGCAAGCAGUCACCAGUGAGGAAGGCAUUAAUCUGGAGGAAAUCCGAGAGUUUGCCAAGAAUUUCAAGAUCCGUCGCCUGUCCUUGGGGCUUACUCAGACGCAAGUAGGACAGGCUUUGACUGCGACUGAGGGCCCGGCCUACAGCCAGUCAGCUAUUUGCAGGUUUGAAAAGUUGGAUAUCACCCCAAAAAGUGCUCAGAAGCUGAAGCCGGUGUUAGAGAAGUGGCUGGCUGAAGCUGAGCACUGGAACCAGAAAGGCCAACAAAAUCUAAUGGAGUUUGUUGGAGGGGAACCGUCUAAAAAACGAAAGCGGCGCACCAGUUUCACGCCUCAGGCAAUAGAAGUUCUUAACUCCUACUUUGAGAAAAAUGCCCUGCCAACUGGCCAAGAGAUAACAGAAAUUGCAAGAGAGUUAAACUAUGAUCGAGAAGUUGUGCGAGUAUGGUUCUGCAACAGACGACAGACACUAAAAAACACAAGUAAAAUCAAUGUCUUCCAGGUUCAGUAGUGACCUCAUUCUUGGAGGGUUGGCCACUGAUCUUUUGCCCUUUUGGAAAACUGAACAUUUGACACAGCAGUGCAGACUGUAGAUUGUGUUGUUAUUACAUCAUUGAGGUCAAAAGAAUCUGAACAUUUUGAGAAAAUGAAGGACAUAAUGAAUCAAGUGUCUAAAGAUUUAUUAUUGUGUUUUAAUGCUGUAUAUGUGUUCACUAAUUCUGUAUGGUGGGUACUGAGUCAAACUGCAUGGUCCUCCUAUAAUAUACAACAAUAAUAACAUGUCAUAUUUAAAAACAUUUCAUGAAGUUUUUUACAGAUGUUUUUUUAUAGACUGUACAUCUAAAACACAGUGGCAAAUAUCAAGUCAUUUUUGAUUUCAUGUUGAUGUAUCGACUAGCAUUACGCUUUUGCUGCCAUGUACUGUAUGUUUUGGAAAUGUGAGUUGCUCAUUUAUUUUAAGAGAUUUGUACUGUAGCACUGCAGACAUUAUCUGAAAAUCUGGUAAAUUGAGCAGAUAUUCUGUUUGUAGUGUGAAGGCAAUAAGUUCUAAGAUUACUUCAUUGUUGUCUACGGAAAGCCAAAAAUUACUUUGCUCUCUAUCAACUUCAGACUCUGCAGCACAUUUUUUGGACAAUCAUUUCAAUUCCCCCUAGGGAUAAUCACAAGAAUACAUGUAAAACCUGUAAUUAUCUCCUAUUGUAAAGACUAGAAACGCUGAGUUUAAUACUUAAAAUGAACACCUACACUGUUAGGUAUCCAUACAGAAGGUAAUUUCUUAUGUUCCAUGGACAACAAUCUCUGUUAAAAAAACUUAUUGUUUACAUUAUAACCUAUGGUGACAGAAGUUAAAACUAAUAUUUGUUGUUAAACUUUUUUUGUGUCAAUGGUCCUAUAAAUGCACUUACUGUACGUGAAGGUGAUACAUAUACUGUCUAUGUAUAUGUAACUUCACUAUAGUAUGUCCUGGUGUUAAACUCUGUUUAAUGUGCUAAUGGUACUCCAAGAGUAUUUUGUGUUUUUAUAUUUGACUCAUGUCUGUACUUCAUCUCUUCUGUCAAGUUGAUGAAGGAUAUUUGUUUUAUAAGAGCCUAAUUGUUCUCAUUUUAAGACAUCUUACCGUGGUUUCACAUUGCCAGAUGCAUUAGUGCCAGAUUUUUUGAGAUGUACUUCAGCCUAAUCAGUCAAAUUGGGAGCUGAAUUAAGGAUUUGUACUAAUUUUACAGCCAAGGCAGAUGGUACUUGUUAGUGUGUAAUGACUUAUUUGAUGAGUGAGCUGCAUGUGCAGUAAGGAGGUAUUUUCUAUAGGAACAAUAUAAUUGCAGUAGUUUUAACCUUUUUAAGCCAAUUCUUCAAGAAUUCUUUGCACUUUAGGGACAGCAGGGAAAGUAAACAGUCUUCUGUAAGUACAGUGCAAGGUUUUAGUUGUUUGUGAGAAAACUGAAUUCACAACUUUUAAUGCUCUUAAACAGCAAAAAGCUUUGCAAAAAUGUAGCAGUACAGGCAAAAUUGCAAUCAUCGUAUGUCAAACAUCUGUUAAAGAUAAUGUAAUUUUUAAUGCUGUUAAAAUAUAAAAUAAUGCAGAUAACAUAUAAAGACUGAUAUGCAUAAAUCACACCUCUGAAAUAUUUUCUUUAAUUUCCUUGUGGAUGAUAUAUUGAAUGACACAUUUUACGUUCAUUUACGUUCCUCUUAUCUGCUUUUUGGGCAAUAGACUUAUAUUGCAGGUGACAUACUUAAUACUAAAAAGAUAACAGAUGUUUUGUUUUAACAUGCUAUUCCUUCAUAUUUAAUAUGGACAGACAAUAUAAAGCAUUGUUUAAUAUACUAAGUUAUUCGUAGAAAAAAAUAGAUGUUAGCCAUUUGACUUUGCAAAGCACACAAAAAGGUCAGCUCUUCGCAAGAUAAGAGAUAAUGAAAGAGAAUCUCAAAUACUUUUUUGUCAUUUACUGUUCGAUAAAUCAAAUAAAUCCUGUCUUUACUAAUCA